CCGCAACCCUUCAUUCCAAGGUUUUGUUUAAUGGUCUCCAAUCAUGCGUCUUCUUCGAUUGGAUCCUGAAAAGGCCACAUGGAUUCUCGAAGACUUCCCAGGACCAGUGACUCCCUUCUACGCUAUUCUCUCACAUACCUGGGGCCGUGACGAAGAUGAGGUGAAGUUUGAAGACAUCCAAGAUGGACUGCGGUAUGAAGGUGAUACUAGCAAGCCAGGUUACGACAAACUCCGCUUUUGUCAGGAGAAAGUGGAGAAGGACGGUCUGACAUACUUCUGGAUAGACACUUGCUGCAUCAAGAAGUCGGACAGCGCCGAGUUACAACGAUCGCUAGCCUCCAUGUUUUACUGGUAUCAGAGAGCUGCCAGAUGCUACGUGUAUCUCUGCGACGUAUCCAUCGACGAUUCUACUGAAGAUCCUGAAUCCAAAUGGGAGCAAGCGUUCUCGAAGAGCAGAUGGUUCAAGCGUGGCUGGACGCUUCAAGAACUGAUCGCGCCAGGUUCCAUUUUCUUUUUCUCCAAAGAGAAAAGCUUUCUAGGCGACAAGAAGGAACUGGUAUCUACGAUCAGUACCGUUACCCGUAUCCCUGGUCCAGCUCUCGAAGGGGUGGAACUUUCGCGCUAUAGUCAAAACGACCGGAUGUCUUGGACAUGGGGCCGCAUGACAACAGUCCCAGAAGAUGCUGCUUAUUGUUUGAUCGGUAUGUUCGAUGUGGAGCUAGACAUGAGGUAUGCAGAUGGCGACUAUGACAAGAGGAAGAAUGCUGCCAUGAAAAGGCUUCGAAAAGCUAUCGAAGAGGAUGAUAUCGAACCCGGACAAUCACGAGAUGUCCUACGGAUUGGCGGCGCAUCUUGGUUCGACCUGGUUGCAUUGAAAGAAGACCAGCUGCGUCAAUUAGAUCUCGACCUUCAAGAAUACCAGAAGUGGCUGCUUGUCGACUUUCCAAAGCAGCUCAAGGCUGCGUCAAGCCUUGCCACUUUUCUCAUCACUUUUUCACAGAAUGCAGGCAAACGGAUGAAGGAAUUGCUAGCAAAACAUGGGGUCCGUUACCAAGAUCUGUCAGAUCUUGAAGCUACCGUGAAAGCUUGGGACAAGCCGUGGGCCGUCUACAACGACGAGAGGGCCACUGCUCAAGCUCGAGUGCAGGGGCUGGUGCAAAAUCGGUGGUACUGAACGAUAAAAAAUCAGCAGAACCUCUACACAGUCAUCACUGCAGCUAGAACGUUCGAAGAUCUGAUGAUUUGGAGAGGAACGUGGAAGAAGAAUUGACCUCGUCGAUAGUAAGAAGACGAGUUAAACACCUCGUUGUCGAUUGUUCCAAGGUUUAUCACCAACUAGCUAGCUGCUUCGCUCGAUCAAAUCCACCCCGUAGUUG